AGAGGGAGCCAUGGCUGCAGAGAACCUCGUGGAAAGUCUCCAGGAGGAAGCGACAUGUCCCGUCUGUCUGGAGUAUUUCACAGAACCUGUCACUGUGGAGUGUGGGCACAAUUUCUGCCGAGCCUGCCUCAGCCAGUGCUGGGAGGGAUCCGAUACAGACAUCUCCUGCCCUCAAUGCAGAGAAACUGUACAGCAGAGAAACCUCAGGCCCAACAGGCAGCUGGCAAACAUGGUAGAAAUCACCAAGCAACUGAGUUUACAGGCAGCAAAGGGAACAGGAGGGGACAGGGUGUGUGAGGAACACCAGGAGGCUCUGAAACUGUUCUGUGAAGAGGAUCAAACCUCCAUCUGUCUGAUCUGCAGAGAGUCCCGGGCUCAUCGCGCUCACACGGUGGUUCCCAUACAGGAAGCUGCCCAGGAGUACAAGGAAAAAAUCCAGGCCCAAUGGAAGACUCUGACGGAGGAGAUAGAAAAGGUGCCGGGAUUUGCAGAGACUAUAGAGGGGAAACGCCAGGAAUAUCUGGGAAAGAUAGAAGCUGAGAGGCAGAAGAUUGUGUCUGAAUUUGAGCAACUGCGGCAAUUCCUGGAGGAACAGGAGCGACUGCUGCUGGCCCAGCUGGAAGAGUUGGACAAGGAAAUUGUGAAGAUACAGGAUGAAAAUGUCACCAAACUAUCUAAGGAGAUUUCCCAACUCAGUGAUUUGAUCAGUGAGAUAGAAGAGAAGUGUCAGCAGCCAACGAGUGAAUUCCUGCAGGACAUCAAAGGCACCUGGAGCAGGUGUGAGAAGCUGAAGUUCGAGAAACCAGUGGCCGUGCCAGAGGACCUAAGAGAGAGAGUCGGCGUCUCUUCCCAAAGAAAUAUUUGUCUGCAGGAGGCUGUGAAGAAAUUCAAAGAGACACUGCCCUACCAACUGAACUUUCUGAUCUCAAAGGCAGAGAAAGAAGAAUUUCCCGCCGGAGAGCGUGAUUGGCUCCCAGCUGGGCAUCUGCUUUACAAGGCGGCUUCCUGGGUCUGGCAGGAAACGAAACUUAUCCUGUUACGCGGGCUGCAGGGAGCCAUGGCUGCUGCAGGGAAUCCUCUGAAAAGCCUCCGCGAUGAAGCUACUUGCUCCAUCUGUCUGAGUUUUUUCACGGAUCCAGUGACUAUAGACUGUGGGCACAAUUUCUGCCGAGCCUGCAUCGCCCAGUGCUGGGAGAGACCAGACACAGACAUCUCCUGCCCUCAGUGCAGAGAGACCUUUCCCCAGAGGACCCUGAGGCCGAACAGACAACUGGGGAACGUGGCAGAAAUAGCCAAGCAGCUGAGUGUCCCAGCAGCAGCAGCAGCAGCAGGAGGUUUGUGCAACGCGCACCAGGAGCCUUUCAAACUCUUCUGUAACCAGGACCAGGUUCUCAUCUGUGUGAUCUGCAGGGAGUCCCAGGCUCACCGCGCUCACAGGGUGCUCCCCAUAGAGGAGGCUGCCCGGGAGCACAAGGAUCAAAUUCAAACCCGACUGAACAUCCUGAAGCAAGAGAGAGAAGAACUUCUGGAGUGGAAACAGGAUGGAGAGACACAAAGCCAGGAAUAUCUGGGAAAGAUAGAAGCUGAGAGGCAGAAGAUUGUGUCUGAAUUUGAGCAACUGCGGCAAUUCCUGGAGGAACAAGAGCGACUGCUGCUGGCCCAGCUGGAAGAGUUGGACAAGGAAAUUCUGAAGAUACAGGAUGAAAAUGUCACCAAACUAUCUAAGGAGAUUUCCCAACUCAGUGAUUUGAUCAGUGAGAUAGAAGAGAAGUGUCAGCAGCCAACGAGUGAAUUCCUGCAGGACAUCAGAAGCACCUGGAGCAGGUGUGAGAAGCUGAAGUUCGAGAAACCAGUGGCCGUGCCAGAGGACCUGAGAGAGAGAGUCGGCGUCUCUUCCCAAAGAAAUGUUUGUCUGCAGGAGGCUCUGAAGAAAUUCAAAGAGACACUGCCCUAUCAACUGAACUUUCUGAUCUCAAAGGCAGAGAAAGGGGUGCAGGCCACUCCGGAUCCAGAUCUGGCAAAUCCUUGUUCCAUCGUGUCCACAGAUGAGAGUGUGAUACAGAAAUACCAAGACACAGGAUAUUUAGUGCCACAGAACAGGUUUUACCCUGCUGCCUGUGUGCUGGGCUAUAAGGGCUUCACCUCGGGGAGAUGUUACUGGCAAGUGGAGGUGAUGAACAAAGAUGAGUGGGUUUUGGGCAUUGCCAAAGAGUCUGUGAUACAGGAGGGAGCGAUAAGCUGUACACCAGAGGAAGGGAUCUGGGCUUUGCAGAAUACAAGAUAUCACUACUGCGCCCUCACCUCCCCUAAGACUGCUCUGGGCCUACAUCAUAGACCCAGUAACAUUGGGGUUUAUCUGGAUUACGAAGGGGAGAAAGUUACAUUUUAUGACAUUACAUCUUCUGGCAGAGAGCCAGUCUUUACUUUCACAUCCUCUUUCACUGGGAAGAUCGUCCCCUUCUUUGGGAGCCGGCGUGUACAAUUUCUGAGUAGGUUACGGGUAGGCAUGGCAGUAGGUGGUCACUGGCAGCCAUACCGUUAACACCUGCGACAGAGGAACAGGGAGCACUCGAUAUGAGGUAUCUAAAGUAGAGCAAAGACAUGGGUAAUAUAUACAUUUCAGCUAUCACACUUUGCCAUUCUAAUCACAGUCUUGCCAGCCUCCAGCAUUCAAAAACUGUCAGGCCCCACAAAAUCAGGAGAUUGGCUUAAACAUCUUUUUAAAUUUUGUGUUAUUUUUCUUUGCCUUCUGGCUUCCCAGCUUUCAGGGUGUUCUUGUUUCCGGUUUUCAGUCUUUGCUACACAAACAUGAAGGCUGGAAAUGUAUCUGUAAUGUAAUCUGAGCUCCCUCAAAUCUAUCCACUCCAGCAGCUAGGACUUUAAGAAAAACACCAAGUGCUGCGAGACUCACAAUAAAAUGGUGAGGGGGAACAAGACUGACUUGCUCAGCAUUAUACUGGUGAAAGGAGUUUCUCAACCUUCUUACAUGCCUGUCUCUGUAACUCUAGGAUCCUCCAGUCACACGUGAACUGGCCAACCAGCAGACACCAGGAGCCACUCUCAGGGUCAUCGCAGAGCCUGCCUGUCUUAGGGCAGGUCUACACUUAAAAUACUGCACCAGCGGUGCUACGUCCCUGUAAUGCUUCAGUAAAGACACUCCUACACCGACAGGAGAGCUUCUCCCAUCAGUGUUGUUAAUCCGCCUCUCUGAGAGGUGGUAGCCGUGGCAAGAGGAGAAGCUCUCCCGUCAACGUACCGCUCUCUACACAGGGAGUUCAGUCGGUACGACUGCGUGAAAAAUCCACACCCCUCAGUGAACACAGUUGUACCGACUGAACUCCCGGUGUAGACAGCGGUAUGUUGACGGAAGAGCUUCUCCCCUUGCCAUAGCUACUGCCUUUUGCAGAAGGGUGUGGAUUUUUCACUGCCCUGAGCGAUAUAGUUCUACCAAUGGACGUUUAUAAUGUAGACCAGGCCUAGGUUCUGACUCACUUCAGGUCAUCCAUCAAGGUCCUCUGCUCUUUACUUAUGAAUAUAAAAAAACAUAGUGGUGUUUCCCUCUCCCCCCAGUUCCCGAGCUCAAUGCUCCUCUUUUG